AUUUGACCAAAAAUACAUCAAAAUGAGAACUUUUUUGUUGGACGGAGGGAGUACAAGUAAUCUAUUUGUUCUGAAAAUUUCUUUUUCUUUUUAUUUUUAUCCAUAAAAAAAGCUAUACUUUAUGUAAGAAGAAAGUAAAAUGCUUUUGAGAUAGAUAAAGAAAAAAGUGAAACUUUUUACAAGACAGAGAUUACUAUGAUAAAAGUUAAAACUAAAACACAGAACAUGUGCAUUCCGUGUCCUAAAAAAAAUCACACUCUUAAAAAUGUAUAUUUUUUUCUAUAUCAAUAUUUAAAUAAAAUAAUUUGAAAUUUUUUUUAAUUUAUAUUUGAAGAUUGUCUGUAAUUAUUUCACGAUAAAUGCCCACAAUUUUUUAAAAUAAAUAUUUGACAUAAUAAUUAUUGAUAGAAUAAGAAAUACGGAGUAUGAUUUACAGUAGUUCAUUUCUUCUAAUUACUCCGUAAAAAAAAGGCUUUGCCCGACCCGAAUCAAAUAGGCGGGGAAAAUCGGUUGCUAUUAUUUCGCCUGUACAUACCAGAUUAGCUAGCAUACCAAACAAGACGACAUUCCAUGACCACUUGACCAGGAGGAGCUCGUCAACUUCUCAGGACAUGGCGAACCCGACAAACAAUCCGAAUCCGACGGACGGGUCGGGCAAGAGAGUCCGGAAACCCUACACCAUAACCAAGUCCAGAGAGAGCUGGAGUGAUGAAGAACACGACAAGUUCCUUGAAGCUCUUCAUCUGUUUGAUCGUGACUGGAAGAAAAUUGAAGAUUUUGUGGGUUCAAAGACAGUGAUUCAGAUUCGGAGUCAUGCCCAAAAGUAUUUCUUGAAGGUCCAAAAAAACGGUACAACAGCACAUGUGCCCCCACCUCGGCCCAAGCGCAAAGCAUCUCAUCCUUAUCCCCAAAAAGCUUCAAAAAAUGUUUUAGUGCCACUGCAGGGGCCUGUGGCUAAUCCUCCUUUAGUGAUUCCUCUCGCACCUGUGUAUGACACUUCCCUGCUUGUAAACACUUCAACCAGUGGAAUCAUGUCACGAGAAGAUGAAUUUUACAGUCCUGUUGAUGAAGAUACUGGAGCAAAGGGAGCAGAAGUAGUCAGCAACAUCAAUGUUGAUGGAGUUGUGAGUUCUAGUAGAGUAGUGCCAAAACAGAGCGAGCUAGGUUCACGACUACAUGGAUUACCAGAUUUUGGAGAAGUGUACAAGUUCAUUGGAAGUAUGUUUGAUCCAGACACUAAAUGUCAAGAGCAGGAGCUCAAGGAGAUGGACCCUAUCAAUCUCGAAACAGUAUUAUUAUUGAUGAGGAAUCUAAGUAUCAACUUGUCUAGCCCCAACUUUGAGCCUAUUAGAAAGAUGUUAUCAUCAAAUGAUGUCAGUAUAAGAAGUUUAAGGGUCAGUGCGAGCAGCGUUGCCAAAAACUUGCACGACAUAUUAUGCUAAAUUACAUUCAUCUUAUAAUGUGAUGCUGCAUUUACUCUAGAGAGUGAUAUACACAUUGUGGUAAGUUCUCUCCAUUGUUAAUUUUGUUUAUAUAAAGACAAGAUAGAUGAGGACACUGUGGGUUACAACUUAACUGCGAAAUUAUAAUUAGUAAAUUCGCAUGGAUGUGUAACCCAUGUGGAGCAUUACUCUUCUUUUUUUUUACUGUCUGCUCUUGAGAGAUGGGCAAUUGUGAAAGUUCAUUUAGGGUCCGUUUAAAACUAGAAAAACGUUGGGAGAAGAAAAUAGAAAGGAAUGUAGAUGAAAUUUUGGUAGGAAAGAAAAGUUUCGGAGAGGCAAACAUGUUAACUCAACAAUUCAAAAUUAGAUGUCCCUUCGGGGACAUUCGAUAAUUUAAUAAUAGAUACUCCUUGUACGUUAAAACCGUUUUUAUUUAUUUCAAAUUUUCUCUUCCAUAUUAUCAAAGAUUAAUACUCCGUAUAUUUUUUUCUUAUAUACAGAGUGUGUGUGUGUGUAACAUGAUUACAUUUAUUUUCCCUUGUAUUUUUUUUCAACAGUAAUAUAUAUGCUGGAAUUCUCUGGCUACAUUCCCAAACAUUGAAAGCUAUAAUCUUUGAUGGAUUCCCGGAAUGGGGGACUUGCCAGAGUCUUCAUGGGGGUGUUCCGGGGCUGUUGCUCUGCCAGCGAGCGUACCUGGAAAUGUGUUCAAAUUCUUCAAUGGAUGAUGGGAAUGUGUGCCCGCCUUCAAUUUUGUGCAGCUCGUAUAUUCAUUUUGUGCGUGUUAGAAAAUAUGUGUGUAGCUUUGAUAGCCCAAUCUUGUGCAGUUUCUAAGGAUUGUUUAUUAUGGCAUACACACACCUUUUGAGGUAUUGGUAAUUAAUUGGCAUCAGCAUAUAUCAAUCAGAAGGUGAAUAUCUUAUAGGGUAUAAAAGGAUUAGAGGAUG